CGAGCCGAGCGGAAGUGUCAUCAGUCGGUGGCGGUGGCGGCCGAUUGUGAAGCGGGGAGUUGUGCCGAGAGCAGCCGCUGGGCCGCAGCCGAUCCAUCGCAGUCGCCGCAGAGAUGCCGCGGGGAGGUAAACGAGGUCACAAGGGGAGGGCAAAGCAAUUUACAAACCCAGAUGAGAUUGAUGCUCAGAUGAAAGCCGAAAAAGAAAAGGCCAAAGAUCUGCCCGAAAAUGCAGGUGACGCUGAUUCUGAUGACAGCAGUGAAGAUGACUCUGAGCCCAAGAAGAAAGGAGUGGAGGGUUUAAUAGAAAUUGAGAACCCCAACAGAAUAGUACAGAAAAACAAGAAAAUAACUGACGUGGAUCUCAAUCCCCGUAACCGCGAGCUCUCCAGGCGAGAAAGGGAAGAGAUUGAGAAGCAGCAAGCUCGGGAGAGAUAUAUGAAACUGCACCUUGAGGGAAAGACUGAGCAGGCACGGGCUGACCUGGCGCGGCUUGCCAUCAUCCGGAAGCAGCGGGAAGAUGCAGCCAGGAAGCGUGAGAAUGAGAAAAAAGUGAAAGAUGCGAAAGCCUAGCACCAAGUCUGCCCAACAGAAUCAUCUGGUAACCUGGAAGGGACAUUCAGGCCAUCUGCUCUUGCACAACUCAUCUCCUCGCCACCCAACCCAAACAACAAAAAAAACUACCCAUCGCAUCACACAUCUCGCCUGCAUCCAGCACACAGCCAGAGGGGAAUCUGCCUUCUGAAUUUUUCCUCUUCUGAUAGCCAAGAAUAAACAGGUGUUUUUAAUCCAGUUGUGUGCUUUUAGAAGCACCAUUUGGCAUUCUGUGCAUGAAGACUGAAAAGACUUGUGAAUGUUUAAAAGUGUGCUGUGGUCUGCUGGCACUAGACAGGGGUUCAAGUCAGGAGCAUGACUUUGGGUGAGGAUCUCCCAGUUAUUCAGAUCUUGCUCCAGUUAGCUACAGGCCCGAUUCAAGCUCCAAAGGGUGUAUGGUCCUCCUAUCUCCUUGGAACUGUUUUUAAAAAAAAAAAAAUUUGUAAACAAUGACGGUAUAUCCGGGAUUAUAUUUUGCUGGGAAAAGUGGGGUUUCCAGAAGUGUUUGGAAUGGGGUGGGGGUGGAGGCAGACUUUGAAGGGAAUGGGAUACGUGUGGUCAUUUGUAAGCUGUAUGGAGGGCAACAACAGCUUGAGGAGGUGGAGUGGGUAAGGAAAUAAUUGGCUGCACUGUCAUUCUGCAGAAGCCAAGGAAAUGUUUCAGGGGUGCUGCUUUAUUGUGAACUAACAGCAUCGCCAGUGUUCCAGGUGGCUCUAUGUACUCUGUUUUAAUUUCAACUCCUGAUAUCGUCAUUAUUCAGACUCCAGGUGCUUUUAUAUCCCUUUUACUCCUUGCUCUCAUGGUAUGAAAUAUUUGCCACAGUUGGUUUUUGAGAGCUCUGGUUAAUGGUGCUGCAAGCUGAUGAUAAAACCACCCAGCCUUGGAAAGAUUAGUAACUUUUUCUUGUAUAAAUCUAAGAUUGUUGUAAUUGAGAAAUUAGGCUCUUCCCUUGGGCAUUUAACUCCCUUAUUUGUCUUGGGCAUUUAUCUCACAACUGCCUUAUUUAAUUUUUUUGGUACGUUUGCUUUUGAUUGCAGCUUUGUAUGGUUUUUGGGAGUGUGGGAGAAGCAAGCAGAAAUGUUUAAUUCUGAUGGAAAACCAAAGUAGAAACAAUUUACAAGUUCUGAAAUUCUGACUCUACCACUGGUAGACCUGAUCUGUGUUGGGCUUGUGGAGGUGAGUUGGAGAAGUGCUGUGGUUGUUGGGGGAGGUCGGGGGUGUGGAGAAAUAAAUUGUUAGAAAUUUUCCUCCUGAUCUCCACUAUCUGAAAGUCUUAUAAGGAAAUGUGCAUGUGCAAUUGUUGGGUUAAAAGAAUUGUGUGCAAUUUUUGCUUUCUUUCAACCACUUUGCAUUGUCCUAAUCAGACCCCACAAUCUUAUGCUGGGUUGGCUGCAGUAAGAAGUUGGAGAGUUGUUCUAAUUGGCACCCAAAAUGUUUUGGUCCAUGCUGAGUGGGUGCUGGCCUUGCUGAGGCUUCCAUAAGUAUUGAUGCAGAAGGUUCGAGGGUUGCAGUGGUUUUGGAAAUGGGUAUAAGUAGUAGGAACAUCUAAAGUUUUGCCUUUUCUCAUUCAGACCUUGGCUCAACCUUUGCAUUUCCAGUAUCUUUUAUUUCUUACUGACUUUUAAGUGCUCAUCAAUAAGAUUCCCAAUAGCUUCACUUUACAUUAAACCAGAAAUCAAGGUAAGCAAGGCAGAACCUAUUGAUUUACUCCACUAAUAUUUAACAGCAAAUUUUAUCUCCUUUUCCAGGUUACUGUUUGAGUAAAUACCCAAGUGUUAAGGUCUGUUUCAGCCCUGGCACUGUCCUAAGCAACCCCCAUGCACCUGAAAACAAAAAUACAGUCCCUUUUGAAAUUCAGUAGAUCACAGCUGACCUGCAAUGGAUCCCAAUGUGUUCCAGUUCCCUGGUUUGUGUACACUAGCCUUGAGAACUGGGAUAACAAUCCAGUCUCUGUCAACAGACCUAAGAGCACUUGCUGAACAGUGCUUGCAGCUCACCCUGAGGGUGGGGGAGGUAGGUAUGGAUGUUGUUAGUCUGCCUUUUCCUCCUUGCCCCUCAAAUUAAUGUGGUUUUACCCCACAUCCAGCUUCACUUCUGUGAGCAAGGAGUUGGUAAGAUUAUUACUCCAUCUACAAUGCAGACAAGAAAACUUGUGAAACUUAUCCCUGACUGCUGCAUUCCUCUGUUGACAAUUUGCUGUGUGUAUAUGGAAUGACUGGCAAUGAUCUGCGUCUCAUUACACUGCUGCUGUAGUUUUGCCCCUUAAAGAUUGGAACACAGUCUUCAUACAAGUUUGACAAUUCAUCGUUCGUUUGGGCUAGAAAUGCUUCCUGAAGUCCCUUUGUCAUUUUGCCUUCUGCAGUUAUAUCUAUUUGAGUUAAGAGAAUCUGCAAUUACUUUAUCUAAAAUAGAGCCUCAGUCUGAAAUUAGGCUCAAUUUACAAGAGUGUUUUGGGGCAUAGGAUUUCAACUUGUAUUCUACACUGUCACUGAUCAUCAGAGAACCACUGGACCAGGUCUACUGGAUUUAGGGUUUGAGGUUUCCAUUGAUUUCAGCUGGUGAUUUGAACUCUGCCAAUUAUCUUCACUUCCUUUCAAGCAACUAGCUGUGCUUCAAACCCUCCAAGCUUUCCACCUCGAGCUAGUGCUCUGAAAAUUCACUUUUUUUUUAAGCCAGCAUGAUUAAUGUGGGCUGGAAAUUGGUUUGCAGUUACCUUGAGCUCUUGUGUUAGGAUCCUGAAACAGCUGUUACACUUCUAUUGGGGUUUAAUUCAAGCAAAGAUACUUAUCGAUUUCACUUGCAGUGGAAUGGCUAAUGUAUGAGCCCACGUGGUCAACCUGCUCCGCUCUUCACCUGGGCAUCUGCACGUACCCUCUUCAGUCCCUCAGGGCUAUAACCAAUCUAGAGAAUCUUCUUUGUGUAACCUCAUGGAACAAGUUAAUGAACUGUUGAGAUUUCAAACCAACACCCUACGGUUCUGUUAGCAAGCAUCCAGACUGAACCCCUUCAGCAAUCUUGCAUUGAGACAUAAUCACAGGGUUUAAAGAGUGCUUUUUUUAAUUUAAAUUGAAAUAAAAUCUCUAGAAGAAACUUCCAUUUGUCUUGUUUUCUUUUAAAUGGAACCAUCCUGUAACCCAUUCAUGAACUUUGCUUGGCCAACUAUAAUAACAAUGGCCAGCUGUGCCAUGAUUUUUAAAUAUGUUCAUAUCCCUGCAUGGCUUUGCCCCUUGUCAUCUCUGCAAUCUUCUCUACCCCUCUGAUAUCUGUGUCACCAGCUCAAGCACUUUGUGGAUCCCCAUUUAUAUUGCCUUUGGUGGCUGUAAAAUGUGAGCACAAGGGCCUAGGCUGACUCUCCAAAGCAGUAUUGAGAGUGAUGCAUCAUCAGUGUGCUGUCGAAUGAUGCCUUGAGUAGCAGUACAGUCAGCUAGCUCUUGGAUGGGACGUAAAGGCUCCUUCCUAUAAGCAUGCUUGAAUAUUGGGGAGAAAAUGUAGCAAUGUAGAUUGUAGUGUCAAGGUUUGCCUGAUGUUUGAGGUGUUAAAGGUGGUCUCUAAAGAGAAGUUUUGUUGUGUACAUGACUUGUGUGUUGGAUUGAACCUGUCCAACUCAUCACAUGCCUGCUAAGAAUUUGCUUUGGGAGAUGUGAAUAGUAGGUAAGAGCCAAGAUGGGAACACCACCAGAGGGAGCACACUCCAGAAGCUGGCUGUAUCAUAUAGUUAGAUCCAACUAUUGUUGGAACAUUAAUUGUGCCUAACCAGGAUCCUUGUUCUUGGUUGUUUCCCAUUGACAUCAAUCCCAACAUUUGACGAUCAGGUGAGAAGCUGGGCUUUGGAUCAACCUAAUAAGUUGAUCCAAAUUCAAUAGGUUCAGAUACCAGUGAUUAAGUCAACUUGCUGGCUCUGAAUAGCGACAGCAAGUUGGAAAAGUUCAGUGGUAGGAUAUUUUGGGAUUUACUAACAAUUGAUUUGAGGCAAAUUCUUGCCACUGAACAGCAAAAUUACUGGAAACGUACGGGCAAAGGUUGAGACCAAGUCAUCUGACUAAUUCUGAGUGUUGUGGAACCCUUGUGUAUUGUAUAUUACUACUGCAGUAAUGACAAUGUUUCACUGCAUUCAUUCUCACUUUUUAUGUGGAAGACUAUUGCAUAAUUAGAAACAUCGUACAUUUACAGAAUCCUCAUAGAUGUGUAGACAAAUUGUCUCCAAAUCAGCAAUAAUAAACAUUUCUUAAAUUGCAUU